GAUGGCUUGAGUUGGAUAGUUGCAUCGCAUCUAGUGUUAACCGACGCAGCUACUAGUAUUACCGAUAGUCACAAAGCAUCUCUGAUUCAGAACCAAUUCGUCCGAAGAAUGGAGAACACUCUCGUUCAAGUCGCGCAUGCCUGGGGUGUAACAGGCGCAGCACUUUUGUCAGGCUUCAUCGUGUGCUUCAGUCAUGCCGGAGUGCCAACGCUCAGCGUAGCUCCAGUCGACACGCUUGUGCAUCAGUUCAAAACCAUGUACAACAUUGGAAAAGCGACAUCGCCUCUAAUCGCCAUUACCGUCACUCUAUGCAAUGGCUACUCUGCCUAUCGCUCUAGAAACGACACUGAUCUGAUCGGCAAUUUUGCAUCGCCAUUUGCCUUGUACGCGGCAGCAGCGUUCUUUGUACCUCUGAUUGUCCCAUAUACAUUGCUGUAUAUGGAACCCCAGGUUAAUAAGAGAUUGUUGACACUAGGUGGAAUGGUCGAGCAGGGAACUAAAGCGAAGGACCUUGGGGUGAGCGAUGAGGAAGUUCGAGUCAUGUUGAAGAGGUGGAAGGGAAUGAACUUUAUUCGAGCAGCUCUUGUGGCUACUGGUGCUGUGCUCAGUGCUGUCGCUUCGUUUCGUUAGAGAGUCUGUGUGCUGUUUUCUUGGUUUCGGUGAUUGUUUGAUCCAAAGGAGUAUGUAGAUCGUCAGAGCUGUGCAUAUGUACUAGAGUGUUGAUUAGUAUUUUUUUGAAUGAAUGAACU